CCCAUUCCUGUUGUGACCCAUGUCAAGACAGUUAACGCGCACCAGCGCAGGGAGGAUCGACAUCUACAAAAGCAUAACUAAUUGAAAAUAUAUCGUCCUUCCUUUGGGUAGGGCUUCUUUUUUUUUUUUUGCGGGAGGGCAAUGAGCGAAAUGCGAAUACGACGCCACCAAAAAACACCCUUGUCUUUUUCAUUCAGUCGCAUGCGUGGGAAUUCAAUCGUGUUACAUUCGUUCAACAACGUUUUUUCAUUCACCUUCAUUCAUCUCAUUCAAUCCUUUCUCAUCCAACUCUUCGGGACCUUGUCUCCCUCUCCCCCUCCCUCAUUCCCCGCUCCGUACGAUAUCCUAAGGAGUUCAAUUGAUAUUUCAGAAUGCUCCAAAUCCGCAAAGACAUACUGCCACCUGAACUGUGGCACAUCAAUAAGUAUGCCAGAUGUGUUCAUAAUACCAUUGAGGCAGCUUCCGAUGACCUCCGCGCUCUCAGUCUGAAGAUCCUUGACAGCGCCGAACUAGGGCUCCAUGAAUUCAAAUCGCAUGCUUGGUUGACAGAAUACCUGACCCGCAAGGGGUUCACUGUCGAGCAAGGCAAGUCUGGGUUGGAGACUGCCUUUAUCGCCCGUGCCGGAGAUGAUUCUGGGGCGGUAACAAUUGGGAUCUGCUCAGAGUAUGAUGCCCUUCCAGGGAUCGGUCAUGCUUGCGGACACAACCUGAUUGCCAUCUCGGGCGUUGCAACAGCGUUGGCUCUAAGGGCUGUCAUCGAGCAGUUCCACCUGCCUGCGCAGAUUAAGCUGUUUGGCACGCCUUCAGAGGAGCGUGACGCCGGCAAAGUCACCAUGCUGAAUGCGGGGGAUUUUGAGGGAGUCGACAUCUGUAUGAUGCUUCAUGGAGCCAAUGCCGAUGUCAUAUACACGCCGUUCCUCGCGCUCGACACGGCCACGGUAGAAUUCUUUGGCAAGGCAUCGCAUGCUUCGACCACGCCUUGGGAAGGGAUUAACGCUUUGGAUGCCGCCAUGGAGGUGUACACUAACAUUGGUCUCAUGCGCCAGCAGAUGCGACAGGAUCAACGUGUCCAUGGAAUAGUUUUAAAUGGUGGCCAGGCCCCGAACAUCAUCCCGGAGUAUACGAAGAGCGCAUACACGGUUCGAGCGCCCAGGUCUGCGCAGGUCCAGGAAUUGAAGGCCAGGGUUGAAAAGAUUUUCGAGGCUGCUGCAAGGUCAACAGGAUGUACCAUGAAGAUGGAAUGGGGUACACACCUUAAAGAUAUUCUGACGAAUGAGCCGCUGGCAAUCAAGUUCGAGCAGAUAAUGCACAGCCUCGGACUGAAGUAUGCCUCCAAAGAUGAACAGCAGAGUAAGCUGUCAGGCUCUACGGAUAUGGGCAACUUGACGUACGCUAUGCCAGGAAUCCACCCUAUGUUUAAUAUCACGAACCUGAAUGGGGUGGAUGAGAAGUCGUUCGGUCUUCACACCAAGGAAUUUGCCACUGCGGCUGCCCGACCUAUGGGACAUACGGCUACCUUGAGGGCCUCCAAGGCCCUGGCCUUGACUGGUAUUGAAUGUAUCCUCGAUCCUGUCUUCUUGCAACAGGUCAAGGAUGAUUUUAAGAGACAGUUGCUCUGAUAUUGUUCAAGAGGCUUCAAUCUGAAGGAAUGUCUGAAUGAGAUAAACAGCGUGGUCUGUGCCUUUGGUUUUGUUCGCCCAUCCCUGUGCAUUCUUUCCUUCUCUGCGGAAUAAAAAAUAUCUCCCUCCUUCGAAAAUGCAGUUUACCGUGGCGGAAAAAAAGGAGGUCGAGGAGUCCAUAAAUGCAACCACGCCGAGUUUUUUCUUUAAUUUA